GGCACGCCCACGUGGCCGUGGGGGUUCCCCCGUUGCGGCGGGGGUUCUGAGGGGGGGGUCCCGGGGCCCUCCCCGCGUGUAUCCGUGCCCCUCAUCCACCCCCGCAGCACUCCCAUCAGCGCGUCCCGCGUGGAAGUGGGGCACCUUCGUCCCGCCUACCGGAGGGAUGCGGAGUGGCCGUGGCUCGGCUGCGGUGCCAUGGGGGGGGAACAGUCGCUGGCACUGCCCCCUGAGAAGGGACCUCACCGCGUGGGUUGCGCGGACAUCAUGGUGGGCCACACGCAGCAGGGGCUCUUCUUUCGCCUCUUCUACCCCUGCGUGCCCCGGGACGGGGCCGAGAGGCCGCUCUGGAUCCCGCGCUACGAGUACUGCAGCGGACUGGCUGACUUCAGCGGCCACAGCCGGCGGUGGUGCGCUCCGCUGCUCAGCAUCGCCAUCGGCUCCUGCAGAGUGCCGCUGAGCUGGAAGGCACCUUUCAAACCGUGCAGCAGUGGGUACCCAUUGAUCAUCUUCUCCCAUGGCCUGGGAGCCUUUCGCACUGUGUACUCAUCCAUCUGCAUGCAGAUGGCGUCCUGGGGCUUUGUGGUGGCUGCGCUGGAGCACAGGGACAGUUCUGCUGCCAUGACCUAUUUCUGCACGGCAGAGGCCGUCCGGGAGCAGUGGAUCCCCCACCAGCAGGUGCCGCAGGGACAGAAGGAGUUCUAUUUUCGGAACAAUCAGGUUCAUCACAGAGCGAAUGAGUGUGCACGAGCACUUCAGCUCUUCCGGGACAUCAGCAGGGGUAACUCCAUCCCCAACGUCCUUCCUCAGGGCUUCGACCUCUCUGUGCUGAAGGACAGCAUUGACCUGGCUAAAGCGGCUGUCAUGGGCCAUUCGUUUGGUGGGGUAACAGCUGUGCUGGCCUUGGUGAAGGAACCGGGAUUCAGGUGCGCAGUGGCCCUGGAUGCAUGGAUGUUCCCCCUGGAGAACGUGCUGUACCCUGAGGUGCCCAAGCCUGUGCUCUUCAUCAACACUGAGAAGUUCCAGACCCCUGAAAGUGUGGCCAAAAUGAAGAGGCUGAGCUCCAGGAACAGCCAGACAAAGAUCAUAACCAUCCUGGGAUCUGUGCACCAGAGCCAGACAGACUUUGCCUUCCUCACUGGGAAGCUCAUCAACCGUGUCUUCCAUGCAAGGGGCACCCUUGACCCCUCCAAGUGCCUGGAUAUCACCAGCCAGGCAGCUCUGGCCUUCCUGCAGAGGCACCUUGGUGUGAGAGAGGAGUUUGCUCGAUGGGACCGCCUCCUUGAAGGCAUCGGGGACUCCGUCAUUCCAGAAGCGCCUUUCUUCCUCUCCAACCUGUAGCUUGGGAGCCAGCUGCUGGCAAUUCAGCUGCUCCUUGUCUAAAAUGUUUGGGGUCUGCCUCCAAAGGGCAGGAGGACCCCUGGGAGAGUGAGGCCUGCAGACUGUGCUUGCAAGAUGUGGCUGUGGUGCUCACCGUGCUUCCAGGAAGCCCUCCCUGCUUGAGAGCCUGUGGUGGCUGCUGGAGGCCGCAGAGUGCAGGGAAUAAAACCCCUGGGGUCACAGACCUGA